AUGAAAAAUAAAAAACUGGAAAAAUCCAGAUCAGAGGAUAUAAUAGAAGACGAGCACACAUUCAAGAUCCUUAUUGCGACAGAUACUCACUUGGGUUACAAGCAUACGUGCAAAGAUCAGCACGAUGAUUCCUUCAAUACGAUGGAAGAAAUAUUUCAAAUUUACGGGAAUUCUCAGCCGGAUUUUCUCCUUAUGGGAGGCGAUAUUUUCGAAAAGAACAACCCUUCGGCCUCUGUCUUGGAGAGAGCGAUACAAUUAUUUAUGAAGUACGUUCCUGGAGAGGUUGAUCAUAAAUUCAGACUUCUCUCUGAUCCAGUAAAGAACUUUUGUGUCGAAGGCGAAGAAGUUCCAGAUACGCUGCCUCGAUGGGAAAACGGGUAUUUCCCAGUUGCUAAGCCGAUCAUGACGAUCCAUGGCAAUCAUGAUAAUCCGACAGGAGAGUUAGAUAGCACCGUGCUCGAGUAUUUUGCCGAGCUUGGUCUUUUGAGUCAAUUCGGACGGAGAACGAAGCUUUCCGAUGGAAUACUGAGAAUUUAUCCAGUUCUACUCCAGAAAGGACAGACUAAGAUUGCAAUUUAUGGUUGGGGCUGGAUCACAGAUAUGCGCUUCAGGUCAAUCGUCGAUCUUGGGAACGUGGUUUUUGAGGUUCCUGAAGAUCACGAAGAUUAUUUCAAUAUUCUCGUUGUUCAUCAAAAUCGUGUGCCGAGAUCUUCGAAGACAGACUAUUACCAAGAUGAUGAGAUUCCCGACUUCAUCGACUACGUUCUCUGGGGCCACGAACACGAUCAAAAGUACGACUGGCGAGCAGACAAGCGAACACUCAUUGACCAGCCAGGAGCAACGGUUGUCACUUCGCUCACUAACGGUGAACUCGAGCAAAGGCGUAUUGGAAUGUUGACGAUUCGACGAAAAAAGAACGAGCUCUUUUGGCGACAUGAUAAAAUCCCGCUGGACACGUCAAGAAUCUUCAUUUUCCGCGACUUUGUCCUCUCCGACUAUGUCGAUUUCGAAGUAGAAGAUGUGAAGCAGCUAAAGCAGCAAAUCGCGAGCAUUAUCCUCGCUCAAGUGAAAGACAUGAAGCAAGAGUGCGAUUUAAAACGACAAAAGUCACGCAAAUUAGCUCCAGAGAUGCCUCUACUGCGAUUGAGAGUGCUCCAAGAAGCGGGGAUACCAAAAAUGAAGCUUCGCGAAUUCUUAACCGCGAAAGACGCGAAAGAAUAUGCGAUCAAUACCGACAUUGUCAAGUAUAAAAAUCCAAUCAUGAAGAAAGAAAGGUCGAGCAAAUUUUUUGGCUUCGAUGAAAUGGACGCGGCGAUCUUUGCGGAAGAACGGCAGGCGAUGCUGCCGAUUAUUGAGAAGAAUUUGGCAGAAAAUGAACCGUUAGAAUUCCUUCAUGAGAUUGCGAUGACGAAUAUUAUUCAAGGAAAAAUAGAUGAAUUGGAAGGAGAAACAACACUCAAAGGACUCAAUGAAUUACCGGAUCGUAUCAAGGCGUUCAAAGACUUCCUUUAUGACCGAGCUGCCGCAAACUUCAUGAAAGCAUAUGAAAACAAACAGAUCAUGACCGAAUCGUCAACCGAUCCAGUCGAAUGUGCAAGAGACAUUCAGCGCUUUCUUCAAAAACUCCGUCUGGAAGAUCUGAAAGAAUACAAACCAGACGAGAUGGUCGCGCAAGCGCGAGAAAGAGCGAGGACUUCUCAAAAUAAAUCAGCGACUCAGAAGCUCAAUUUGACGCCGCUCUCGAAGAGCCCAACGAAAAAGCGAAAAUACACAAGGAAGAAGGCGAAUUGA